CGUGAUUCAUCUUGGUCACAAUUCUGCGCACGAGACGUGCAAUGAUGGGAGGACUGCCGCCGGUGCCGCCAACUGCCACUUCCGCCCCGAUACAUCUCGGGAGCAAGAGUGACUUCGACGAUAUUGAAGGUAUGAUUGAGCGCAACAAGUGCGCCAAGGAGUACUACAAACUCGAAGAGUGCUUGGGCGAGUAUGACCGAGACUGGACAAAAUGCCAAGAAGUCGUGCGGGCGCUGAGGACGUGCAACGCAUCGAAGAACAACGGGCACUAGAUCGGUCAUCCCCUCGUGGAUGAAUCAUAUUACUCUAACAUCUCGCGUGUCUGCAUGUGGGGUCUAAAAUGGCGCUUCCGCCGUGGUUCUAUUGGUAGCGUCGGUCUUGGCCGCGUCUGUCGCUUCCAUCACAUCGACGUCGUCUUGGCUGUCGUACCAUCCGUCCAUCGUAUCGAUCUCCAUCGUGUUUUCAUUCUCCCGACCUUCCUCUUCCAUUGCAAGCCGCGCGUACUCUGCUCGUGCAAAUCGAUCCCAAUCUCUACAACCGUCACAACGUCCAUCAUGCAACGACCGUCAUGCUGUCGGCAGCACAUACGUCAACUCUGGUUCAGCCAUUUGCUGGCGCAGCAAAAACGGAUCGCGGCCUUCAAACUCGAUAAACUUGCUCAGGUUGAACAGCACGUUGAAGAACACGCCCGACAAUCGGAUCUUCUCGGG